GUUGUGACCGUUGCUUGAAACCCAUUCCUAUGGCCCGCACCAAGCAAACGGCUCGUAAGUCCACUGGCGGCAAAGCGCCACGCAAGCAGCUGGCCACUAAGGCGGCUCGCAAGAGCGCGCCGGCCACCGGUGGCGUGAAGAAGCCCCACCGCUACCGGCCUGGCACCGUCGCCCUCCGUGAAAUACGCCGCUAUCAGAAAUCGACUGAGCUACUGAUUCGCAAGCUGCCAUUCCAGCGUCUGGUACGUGAGAUCGCGCAGGACUUCAAGACCGACCUGCGCUUCCAGAGCUCGGCAGUGAUGGCGCUGCAGGAGGCCUGCGAGGCUUACUUGGUGGGGCUCUUUGAGGACACCAACCUGUGUGCCAUCCACGCCAAGCGAGUGACUAUCAUGCCCAAGGACAUCCAGCUAGCUCGCCGCAUUCGCGGAGAGAGGACUGAAUUUGAGGGGCGGGAACGAAACCUCUGUCUCCGCCUUUUCCGGACCUUACUGGGCGUCCCCUACGCUAUUGCCUUGGGAAGGAAAGGGGGCGGUGAGGACAAAAACAUGUCGGAGACUGCUCCAGUUGCUCCUAUCACUCCUGCACCCGCAGAAAAAAUACCUGUGAAGAAAAAGGCGAAGAAGGCAGGCGCUACUGCUGGGAAACGCAAGGCAUCCGGACCCCCAGUGUCUGAGCUCAUCACCAAGGCAGUGGCAGCUUCCAAAGAGCGCAGCGGCGUUUCUCUGGCCGCGCUUAAGAAAGCGCUUGCGGCUGCUGGCUACGAUGUAGAGAAAAACAACAGCCGUAUCAAGCUUGGCCUCAAGAGCUUGGUGAGCAAGGGUACUCUGGUGCAGACCAAAGGCACCGGUGCUUCUGGCUCCUUUAAACUGAACAAGAAAGCCGCUUCCGGGGAAGGCAAACCCAAGGCCAAGAAGGCUGGCUCAGCCAAGCCUAGAAAGCCCGCUGCAGCAGCCAAGAAGCCCAAGAAAGCGAGUGGCGCCGCUACCCCGAAGAAAAGCGUCAAAAAGACUCCUAAGAAGGCAAAGAAGCCAGCAACAGCUGCUGGGACCAAGAAAGUGACCAAGAGUGCGAAAAAGGUGAAAACACCCCAGCCAAGAAAAGCCGCCAAGAGUCCAGCUAAGGCCAAAGCCCCUAAGCCCAAGGCAGCCAAGCCUAAGUCGGCGAAGCCGAAGGUUACAAAGGCAAAGAAGGCAGCUCCGAAGAAAAAGUAUGUCAGACACACCCAUCUGCACCUUCGUUGCUUUGACUCCUGCAGUUUAGAACCUAAGCAAGGCUUUCAAGUCUGCAAGAGCUGUGUUAAUGCCACGGAUCUAGGUGUUCCAGCUAAUAACCUUAGCCUUAGACCGGUUGGCACUCAAAAAGAUUUACGCUCUCUCGCCACGAAUGCGGCGGGCAAGCUGGAUAUCCUUAGGCAUGAUGGUGACGCGUUUGGCAUGGAUAGCGCACAGGUUGGUGUCCUCAAAAAGCCCCACCAAGUAAGCCUCGCAGGCCUCCUGCAGUGCCAUCACAGCGGAACUCUGAAAGCGCAGGUCGGUCUUGAAGUCCUGAGCGAUUUCUCGCACCAGGCGCUGAAACGGCAGCUUUCGGAUAAGAAGCUCGGUGGACUUCUGGUAGCGACGAAUCUCGCGCAAAGCCACGGUACCAGGGCGGUAGCGAUGAGGCUUCUUCACGCCACCCGUGGCUGGAGCACUCUUGCGAGCUGCUUUAGUGGCCAGCUGCUUUCGCGGUGCUUUACCGCCUGUGGAUUUACGAGCGGUCUGCUUAGUACGCGCCAUACCUCAGCUGCAAACUAUAAAAAAUCGAAUGUGUUUGAAUUAGAAAAUGCUUUAGAAUUUUUUUUCAACAAUCUCCGCUGCUUUAUUCUGCUUAAUUUUCCUGAAGUUUUCCCCUUCCCUAUUCACUCAUUUAAAAUCCGUCGUCUAAGCAGCAGCACGGCCUGGAUGUUGGGCAGGACACCGCCCUGCGCAAUGGUCACGCGACCUAGAAGCUUAUUUAGCUCCUCGUCGUUGCGGAUGGCUAGCUGCAGGUGGCGCGGGAUGAUGCGGGUCUUCUUGUUGUCGCGAGCCGCGUUGCCAGCUAGCUCCAAGAUCUCAGCAGUCAGAUAUUCCAGCACGGCCGCCAGGUACACGGGAGCGCCCGCCCCGACUCCUAAGUCAGCUCCUGCUCCGAAGAAGGGCUCCAAGAAGGCUGUGACCAAGGCGCAAAAGAAGGAUGGCAAGAAGCGCAAGCGCAGCCGUAAGGAGAGCUACUCCGUAUACGUGUACAAGGUGCUGAAACAGGUUCACCCCGAUACCGGCAUCUCAUCGAAAGCCAUGGGCAUCAUGAAUUCCUUUGUAAACGACAUCUUCGAGCGCAUCGCCGGCGAGGCUUCCCGCCUGGCGCACUACAACAAGCGCUCCACCAUCACCUCCAGGGAGAUCCAGACGGCCGUGCGACUGCUGCUUCCCGGAGAGCUGGCCAAGCACGCAGUGUCCGAAGGAGCCUUAGCCGCCGAAGCCAUAAAGAGUGCGUCCCUGUCGUUUGAGAGCGUAGACCACAUCCAUCGCUGUUACGGUCUUGCGCUUGGCGUGCUCCGUACUGAAAACGCACAUACGGGAACUUUGGUACUUCCUACUAGCCCCACCCCUCACAACUCAGACCCGGAUGACGUCACCAAGGACACCAGUUCCCGCGGGAAGAAUAUCAAAAUGUCCGGACGCGGCAAGCAAGGCGGAAAGGCUCGAGCCAAAGCUAAGACCCGAUCUUCUCGGGCCGGGCUCCAGUUCCCUGUGGGCCGAGUGCACCGCUUGCUCCGCAAGGGCAACUACUCCGAGCGAGUUGGGGCCGGCGCGCCGGUGUAUCUGGCGGCGGUGCUGGAGUACCUGACUGCCGAGAUCUUGGAGCUGGCGGGCAAUGCGGCCCGCGACAACAAGAAGACCCGCAUUAUCCCCCGACACCUGCAGCUGGCCAUCCGCAACGACGAGGAGCUAAACAAGCUGCUGGGUAAAGUCACAAUUGCUCAGGGCGGUGUCCUGCCCAACAUCCAGGCUAAGUUCGCAAUGGCUCGUACCAAGCAGACAGCUCGCAAGUCCACGGGUGGGAAGGCGCCACGCAAGCAGUUGGCCACCAAGGCUGCUAGAAAGAGCGCUCCGGCCACCGGCGGCGUGAAGAAGCCCCACCGCUACCGGCCCGGCACCGUGGCUCUGCGGGAGAUCCGCCGCUACCAGAAGUCGACCGAGUUACUGAUUCGCAAACUGCCAUUCCAGCGUCUGGUCCGUGAGAUCGCGCAGGAUUUCAAGACCGAUCUGCGCUUCCAGAGCUCGGCGGUGAUGGCGCUGCAGGAGGCCUGCGAGGCCUACCUGGUGGGGCUCUUUGAGGACACCAACCUAUGCGCCAUUCACGCCAAGCGAGUGACUAUCAUGCCCAAGGACAUCCAGCUUGCUCGCCGCAUUCGUGGGGAGAGGGCGUAAAUUUUGUUGUGAAUGUGUGCUAACCAAAACCCAAAGGCUCUUUUCAGAGCCAAUCACCUUUUCUAUAAAAGUUGCUGUGUACUGUU